UCAGAUCCCGCCGUCACAAAUUCCAUCGAGCGGGAGGCCUCCGAAAUCCGAAAAUUCCCCAAUCCUCUUCCAACCCUAGCCCCUUGCUUCCUCCCCCCUUUCCCUUCCCGCUUCCAAGCACCCUCACCGCCCGCGGUCCACGCCCAUUGGAUCCCGAGCAACCAUCCCGCAAGAAUACCUCUUCGCGCCCAGUAGCUUCGUUGUCUGAGGGAGAGUCAUGGAGGACGGCAGCGGCGGCGCCGGCGGUGAGGGGAGCACGAGCGGGGGGAGGUUCCCGAUACUCCAGGCGAACCGGGACCCGGAGUCGAACUGGGAGGUGGACGUCGCCAAGAGCCUCGAGGAGUACCUCCUCAAGAUCUGCUCAGGCGAGAUCUCCGCCGAAGACGGGGCCCACAGCUUCAACUUCGCCGAAGCUGCGCUAUUGCUCCAAGGUUCAGUUCAAGUUUACAGCCGCAAGGUGGAGUACCUGUACUCAUUGGUGCUACAUGCGCUGGAAUUUCUCUCGCAAAAUAAGCAAGAUCAACAAGAAAAGGGAUCUACUGAAGCUAACGAAAAUGGUCCUAGCACUACUGCCAACAAAGAAGAUGAUAUGUUUAUGGGUUUAGAUGAUGUCCCAGCGGAAACAAGGACCACUUUGGAUAACAACCUUGACCAUGAUGAUAUGCGAAGAAAAAUUGUGAGGCCACCAGCAAAUCUUCUAGUGUUCGAAGGAGACUGUGUCGAUAGCGAAGCAAGCGAGCUGGAUUCAUAUUUGUUAGCAACAUGUGGUUUCUACGGAGAUUUCCUCCUGCUGGAUCCAUGUGACGCACCAGCUGUUUUUGAAUUUUUGCAAGGAAAAAAAUCCUGCAAAGAAGAUAUUUUGGCUCAUAGACGAACUCCUGGGAAAGCCCGAAACAAUGUCUUCACUUCCCCAAAUGUAAGAUCAGGGGGUACUGCUCGUAGACGAACUCCAGGGAAAGCCCGAGAUGAAAAUAUAGAUCCAACUCAGGACAGCGAGCAAUCUCGUGAAAUGAUAGCAGAUCAAAGUCAAGAAGAUAGCUGGCCUCAUCAUCCUGUUGACCACAAUUCUCCUAUCAUCAUGCCCCCACCAGAUGAUGAAGACCCUGGGUGCCCAGAUCUCGGGGAUGAUUCUGAUGAUGAGGAUCCAUAUAAAUCUUUGGAUCCGCAUGAACCUAGCAACCUAAAGAUCAAGCCUUACAAGAGAGUAAAAGCUUUUUCAAGGCAAGUUAUUGGCGCUCCAAAGAAGAAAACCCUUGCAUCUAUAUUUCCUGUGGCAAAAAUGGAUGGUGUUGUUAGUCCUGAACUAACAAAAUAUUUUGAAGUACAAAUGUCUCAGCAGGAAAAACCUGAUGUCUCCCAGUCAGUUCCUCUUUAUGAAAAGCUUAGAGAGUCAUUUGAAACUGGUGAAGUAAAUUGCCAUACAUCUGGAGAUUUGAAGGAUGACAAACAGACCAAUAAUUUUGAUGAUAUUGAUGGGCCAGACACCCCGAAUGAUCCAUAUGUUGACAUGGAUAUUGAUGAUGACAUGCCAAGUUACUCGGAUAAGAUCGAUGAUGAAGUGGUUCGAGUUACACAGGACAGCAUGGAUGGACAUAAAAGCCUUGAUGAUUUGUGUCGAUCACAUCUGGAUGCUCUCCUUGCUAGCAUAGCUGAGGCUGAACAACAAACCGAGCUGGAUGCACGAGUUUCAACAUGGAAAGAGCGAAUAGAGCUUGCCUUGGAAGAGCAGGAUAGAAAUCCACCCUUUGAUAUCGGUUUAUAUGGAGAACAGAUCCUUGACACACUCUCGUCAAGAACUGAUACAGGGAUUGCAUCAUUCAGUGAGAUUGUUAGCAGCAAACCAAAGUAUGAGGUUGCAAGAACAUUCUGUGCCCUUCUCCAGCUGGUGAACGGAAGAAGUGUUGAUCUGGACAAAGGACAAGCUACAAAUGACUUGGUUUGCUACACAGCUGUCAAUCCAUUCCAUGUAAAGCUGAUUGGUCCCAACCGUAGACCAGAGAUGGAGGCACGUUUUGCACGCAAGAGAGUCAAGUCCCCUCAAAGAAGUUGUGGUGAAGAGGGCGAGCCCUCUCGGGUACAACCAAAUUCGUCUAAGAAGCAGCCACCUAAAAAUGGCAAGGUUUCAGUUAAGGCAGCAGUCAGAUUGACUCCUGAAGGAAAGCGAAGGCGAAAGUCUGCUCAACUGCUGCAGCCAUUCAAUCUGGAAUCCAGCUGAUGCAAAUGAAUGGCAGACUGACCUUACCAGUCUAAUUUUUCUCUUGUAUUGUUGAAAGCCUCCACCCCCCCCGAGGAACGUUGUUGAUUGUCUAGCUGAUGGCAGUGGUUGAUAAGAAGGGUGAAGUAUUAGGUUAUGAAGUAGGGCCUAGCUAGAGCGCUAGAUGGUGUAUAUGUACAAUUGAUCAUUGUGCUGUUAUGUAUGUAUAUUAUUGAUAUCGACCCAAAAUGUAAUGUUUACUGGCAACGUUUUUGGGCCAGAAUUGCCCCUGUAUCGGGCAGAUACAAUUGUUUGAUAUUCUAAUUCAGUAGUUGGCAUUUGAUGACUGA